AUGGUAUCCCGCCGGGUCCACUCUCGACUCUCAUUAAUACAAUCUGCCCCUAUCUGGACCGAUCUCGCUCUCACCUCGACUUAUACUAGAACAAUUGGCAUCACUGACCACUUGGUCUUCACAUCUAGACCUCAAAGACGACUAUCACUCGCCGAGCCGUCUGCCAUAACAAUCCUUAACCAAGCACCUUUGUCAUCAUCCUCAGAAUACGAUCUCUACGCCGCACCAGUCCCCAGCAUUCUCAGCCACUUCCUCGCCACCACUCUUCGCGCCGCUCCCCCUCGCAUCACAGAACACCAGCUUGCAAGGCUGGUCAUUCAUAGACCAUACUCAGUCCUCACAAACACCACUUCUACGCCUCGAUCCAGCUCAAACCAAGUUAUUCCUCCGCCGUCAAGAUCCAGCUACACGAGCGAAGAAGAUCAUUUCUCCCAGAGCAGUAUGACGUGA